CCCAAUCCCACUUACCCAACAUGGCCAACUCCAUGCUUCCUGAUCCUACAAUUGAUCUCCAUUGGGCGAAUUUCAGGGGAGCUAUUCACGACAGAUUUGCCAAAAAUGCCAAGCAGUUCCCGGACAGGCCUUGUGUUAUAGAAACUAAGACCACACGACGCCCACAGAGGUCCUUCUCUUAUGGUCAGAUUAAUGAGGCUUCCAACCAGCUAGCUCAUCAUCUCGUCGCCAAUGGAGCAAGAAUAGGCGAUGUGGUGACCAUCUACGCGUACCGUGGAGUCGAUUUAGUCGUAGCGUAUAUGGGAGCUCUCAAGGCAGGACUCACCGUCUCUGUUCUUGACCCCCAAUAUCCUCCUGAUAGACAAAUUACGCUGCUGUCUGUCCUAAAACCUGAUUUCUUGAUAUCAAUUCGGAGGACUCUUGAUGAAUUUGGCAACCUUGCCGACAACGUCUGCGACUACAUCAAGAAUGAUCUGAAAAUCAAAUCCUCUAUUCCAGCAUUGGAAUUACAGAACGAUGGCUCACUGAAGGGGGGCGACGUAGAUGGUCAAGAUUGUCUAGCAGCUCAGGUAUCCUUGAGAGAGGAAUCUCCUAAUGUCACUGUUGGCCCUGAUUCUGCGCCGACAUUGAGCUGUACAUCCGGCUCGGAAGGCAAACCAAAAGCCGUCCUUGGACGUCAUUUCAGUUUGACCUACUACACACCGUGGAUGGCCGAGAGAUUCUCUAUGUCCGAAGCUGAUCGGUUCACAAUGUUGUCUGGAAUUGCUCAUGACCCUAUUCAAAGAGAUAUUUUCACACCUUUAUAUCUAGGAGCAUCUCUAUGGGUUCCGCCUGUCGACGUCAUUACCUACGGGCUGUUAGCCGAGUGGAUGGAUGAAAACAAGGUCACCGUAACACACUUGACUCCUGCUAUGGGUCAAAUCCUGGUUGGAGGUGCCACAACUCCGUUUCCCUCCCUUCGGCGCGCGUACUUCGUUGGUGAUCAACUUACAAAGAAGGACUUGAGGAGGCUACAGGACCUUGCGGAAAACACCGCCGUGAUUAAUUUAUAUGGCUCAACAGAGAGCCAAAGGUCUGUGUCAUACUUCGAAGUACCGAGCAAAGCAGACAACCCGAAAUUCCUGGAUUCUAUGCCGGACGUCAUUCCUGUCGGCCAGGGCAUGCUGGAUGUGCAGCUGCUCGUGGUAAACCAGGAUGAUAGGACUAAGCUAUGUGCUGUGGGAGAACAAGGAGAGCUUUACAUCCGAGCCGGGGGACUGGCUGAGGGUUACCGUGGGGAAGAGGAGAAGAUAAUAGAGCUGAACAGGUCUAAGUUCGUGCCCAACUGGUUCAUCGAUCCGGCCACAUGGGUAGAGAAGUACAAUUACCGGGCCACACCAGAUAAUCUUUACAAGGGGCCACGUGAUCGGCUCUAUAGAACCGGCGAUUUAGGACGUGUUCGACCGGACGGAGCUGUGGAAUGCACCGGUCGUAUCGAUUCUCAAGUCAAAAUACGAGGAUUUAGGAUAGAGCUGGGCGAAAUUGACGCAACACUGUCACAGCAUCCCUUUGUGCGGGAAAACGUGACAAUAGUGCGGAGAGACAAGAACGAAGAGCAGACUCUCGUCACCUAUUUUGUCCCGGAGACCAGGAGAUGGUUUGAUCACAUCGAACCACAUAAUGGGCACCUUGAACCACAAAAUGGGGAAGCUAUCGAACAGGAGAUUGCAUGCGAGACGAUGGCUGGGAUGCUUAGACGAUUCAAGCGACUAUCUGAUGACUGCAAGCAUUUCAUAGCGAAAAAGCUGCCAAGUUAUGCGGUCCCACAGUUGUUAAUUCCCCUUACUAGAUUUCCCUUGAAUCCGAAUGGCAAGAUCGAUCGCCCAGCACUGCCUUUCCCCGAAGAGGCAGACCUUAUGAGCGUGGCCAAGAGGAGAGCUUCUUCCGUAGUAGUUAACAUGACCGAAACCCAGACCCGAUUAGCUAAAGUCUGGGCCAAAAUCCUGCCUAAUCGGAGUGCGCGCAUGUUCGUUCCCAAAUCCAACUUCUUCGAAGAAGGCGGCCACUCCGUUCUCGCCCAGCAGCUGUUCUUCUUCAUCCGGAGCGAGUGGAAAGACAUCGACAUGCAGGUCAGCGUCAUCUUCCGGUCCCAGACCCUCGAGGCUCUUGCCGCGGAGAUCGACAGAGCCGCCGAUCCUAUCGGCUUGCGGCUGGACGCGAUGCCCCUGCCUGGCGAUGCGGGCACCGAAGACGAGGCGUAUGCCGCCGACGCGAGGGACCUGGCGUCGCAGCUCCCGGCGUCUUUCCCAUCGGUGCCGAAGGAUUGGGAUUAUAACAGGGGAUCUCCUACUGUUUUCUUAACUGGCGCCACGGGCUUUCUUGGCUCGUAUAUCCUGCGUGAGCUUCUCGAAGGUCCGGCAAAAGCCAAUGUCAUCGCACACGUCCGCGCGAAAGAUGCCGCGUCAGGUCUUGCGCGAAUCGAGGCCGUGACAAAGGCUUACGGUCUGUGGUCACCGUGCUGGCAAUGUAGACUUUCGGUCGUCGUCGGAGAUAUCACCAAGCCCUCCCUCGGUCUGUCCCAGGAUUCAUGGGACCGCCUGGCCCGGGACGUCGACAUCGUUAUUCACAACGGGGCGCAAGUGAACUGGAUGCUACCGUAUUCGAGCAUGCGAGCAGCGAAUGUGCUCAGUACCCUAGAUUGUAUCCGGCUUUGUUCUUCUGCCGAGAAGGCGAAGAGGCUCGUAUUCAUCAGCUCGACGUCUACACUAGAGUCUCCAAAAUACCACGGGGUCAGAAUCAGCGAGAGAGACGAUCUGGAGGGUAGCUCGAAGACUCUGACUGCCGGCUAUGGGCAAUCUAAGUGGGCUAGCGAAUUCCUCGUGCGCGAGUCUGGAAAUAGGGGCCUUGUCGGCGCCGUUGUACGCCCGGGCUAUGUAUUGGGAGAUCCGGCGUCCGGGAUUUCCGUCUCCGACGACUUCUUGGUCCGGCUGUGGAAAGGCUGUCUGCAAGUAGGCGCACGCCCGGACGUCGCGAAUGAUAUCAAUAUGGUCCCUGUGAACCGUGUCGCGCGCAUUGUCGUCGCGGCUGGCCUGCAUCUCGCUACUGCGACGGAUGUGAACUUGGGCGUGGCCCAGGUUACUAGUCGUGACCCCCGAAUGACGGUCAACGAGUGGAUCGGCGCUCUCGAGUCCUACGGGUACCGGCUGCCGAUGGUGCCGUACCAAGACUGGCGCGGUAAGGUCGUUCAGUAUGUGAAUGAUGGCUCGAACGAAGAGCACUCGCUGCUACCCCUAUUCAGUCUCGUGAUGAAUCUACCCGCGAACACGGUCGCGCCCGUCCUUGAUGAUUCGCAGGCUAUGGCGGCGCUCAAGUUAUACGAUGCGGAUAAGAGCUCUGCGCUGGAUCCGGAUAAUGAGAGUGUUAAUGUGCGCUCUAUUGGGAUGUAUUUGGCGUAUCUGGUUGCCAUUGGAUUCCUGCCUGCGCCGAUGGAGAAGGGCGAGAAUGAGUUGCCGAAGGUUGAUGAGGAACGGAUUAAGGCGAUGGUUUGUUCUAUGGGUGGAAGGUCUGCGAAGCGGUAGGAUGGAAUAAAGGGGGUGAGUCCUGGCGAUGAGGGUGUUAAAGAGAGAGAAGGAAAAUAGAUAGAUACAUGGAUACAUGGGUGAAUAAAUGGUGAUAUAUAGAUAUAUCGAGAUCUCUAUUUUCUGUUAUUUCUA